AUGAAUAUUCUGAAGACUCUAAAGAGGAAGUUGAGGAUCAAGAUAUCUUUGAUGCAGGAGAAGAGACGGCGACACAAUGGCAGUCUCUACCCACGCAUUGUUCCUCAGCAUUUGAGCCAGAUAGAUCUGGGGGAGGAGCUCACUCGUGCACCCUCCAUCACUUCCCUACAAGAGCCUCUAACUAGAGUGCCUUCUCUCACUUCUCUGCAAUCAACCUUCAGUGAUUUUGAUUUUGAACAAGAACCACCAGAAGAACUGUUGGUUGAUGAAGAAUCGCAAUCUCUAACAAGAUCCUCUUCUCUCACCCUCCUCAGCUCUGAUGAGCAGCCACCCAAAGAAGAGGUUCAACUAGUGGCAACAGAUGAAGGAUUCUGUGACUCAAGCCAACCAAAGCUGUGGCCUGUCGACAUGAGAAAUAAUGUCCAACUGGUGGAAUUGAGACUAACGGCAGAUUCCAAUAUGAGUGGAACAGUAAUGGUGGCCAAUCUAGCGUAUCACAAGAGAGUCUUUGUGCGAUGGACAGCCAACAACUGGGCCUCAUACCACGACACAAUGGCGAGCUAUGAUGACAGCUCCGAGGGGUUCUCUCACGACUGGUUCAGAUUCACCAUUGACUCCAACUCAGUGUGCAACAAAACUGAUGGUGGAGUGUGUGUUGAACUAGCUGUGGCCUACCACGUCAAUGGAAUGGAGUUCUGGGACAAUAAUGGAGGAGAAAAUUUUGGAAUUCUGCUCAAUAAUUGA